CUGAAGCAGGGGCUGCGCAAGGUGGCCCGGGCGCUGGACUGGAAGAAGGCUUCCCGGCCCAACGUGGGCAAGGGGCUGAGCGUUUGCCUGAAGGAUGCGGGGGGCACCUACAAGGUGGCCGGCGCCACGGUGAAGAUGUCCUCGGACGGCAGCGCGGUGCUGCUCACCGGCACCGUGGAGGUGGGCCAGGGUUCCCGCACCGCCCUGAGCCAGGUGGUGGCGGAGGAGCUGGGCAUCAAGCUCGAGCAGGUGUCCGUGGCCCAGUUGGAUACCGACGUCACCCCCUUCGACGUGUCCACCAGCGCCAGCAGCUCCAUGACGGUCAUGGGGUUGGCGACCCAGAGGGCGGCCCAGGAUGUGAAAAAGCAGUUGCUGCGGGCCGCGGCCAAGGUCAUGGGCGAAAAGGCCGACGGCUUGUCGCUCAAGGGCUGCCGGGUGCGCGGCGCCAAGGGACGCGGGUGCCUUACAGCGACGUCAUCGCCGAAAGAGCAAGACCGCGGUGCUGGGCUCUCCCACCACCUUCUGGGAGGUGGCUGGGGCGGCGUCGAGUUGGAGGUGGACCCGGACACCGGCGUCAUCCGCAUCCUCAAGUACGUGUCCAUGGCCGACGUGGGACGGGCCAUCAACCCGUUGCAGGCCGAGGGGCAGGACGAGGGCGGCGUGAUGUUCGGGCUGGGACACACGCUGCUGGAAGAGAUGGUGUAUGAGAACGGCCAGCUCCUGAACCCCAACCUCGUGGACUACCGCGUGCCGGCCUUCCACGAUAUGCCGGAGCAGUUCAUCUCGGAGCUGGUGGAAAGCGGCAACGGCCCCGGGCCGUUCGGGGCCAAGGGCAUGGGCGAGGGCGGCGUGCUGCCGGCCGCGUCCGCCAUUGCCGCGGCAUUGGACGAUGCCGUCGGCGUCCGCAUCUGCGACCUGCCGCUGACGCCGCCCAAGGUAUGGCGGCACCUGCAGGAGCGUGACAGCGCCGGCUAG